AUGCGAGAGAAAACUUUAAAUGUGAUAGAAACAUUUCAGCGAGAGCCGCACUCAGUUACAAAAGCUAAAAUACGUCAGAGUAGUGAUGUUAGUCUAGAUCUAGGGCCUUGUGAUAUGGCUCAGCCGCAAGCUGACGUCACUAACACGAAUAGCACCUUUGCAGAACGACCACUCGGUGCUCGCCGGUUGGCUCCCGUCGCAACUACACGCUCACUAUGCACACUUACUCAUAAUAUUAAAAAAAAAAAACUUUACGCCGAUACAGGAACAUCUUUAUGCAAAAUCCUAUUAAACUUGCAAUGGGACUAG